AUGGAAAAAGAACUUAAGGCUAUAGAAAGAAACAAGACUUAUGAGAUAACUGAGCCUCCAAAGGAGAAGAAAGCCAUCAACGUCAUAUGGGUUUUCAACGUGAAGUUAAAUCCAGAUGGAUCAAUUCGAAAACAUAAAACAAGGUUAGUAGCAAGAGGAUUUCUACUGAAAUUUGGGCUAGAUUACUUUGAAGUGUUUGCGCUUGUAGCUAGACAUGAAAUAAUCAUAUUGGUGAUUAUUAUAGCUGCUAAUAGAAAUUAUUCUUUGAUACAUCUGGAUGUGAAAUCUUCUUUUCUAAAUGGAAGUUGUUCAGAUGAGAUAAUGAAGUUCAAGAAGGUGAUGAAAAAUGAGUUUGAGAUGACUUAUCUGGGAAAUAUGAGAUUUAAGCUGACAAAUUACAAGACUGCAAUCACACCUGCUGCAAUGAAUCACAAGUUGGAUUCUGAUGCUGAGGGUGAUGAUGUAAAUGCUACAACUUUUAAACAGUUGGUUGGCUCAUUGAGAUAUCUCUGUAACACCAGACCUGGCAUCUGCUAUGCAGUUAGAAUGGAUCUAAAGAUCAAAGUGUCCAAGUCUGUGAAGUUGAUUAUUGACAACAAAUCUGCCAUAAGUCUUGUCAAGAAUCCAGUGUUGCAUGGAAGAAGCAAGCAUAUUGACACGGGGUUUUAUUUUCUGAAGUAA